AACAUGCAGUCCUUGUAAAACACUGUGGGUAGUGUGUCACCUUCCGGAUCUCAAAGUUGGUCCGAGUUGACAGCUUCUGUUUUUCCCACGACUCAUGAGACCACUUUGUUUUCUCAUGGAGCACGCAGCGCCAGGGCCUAACAGGUCGGGCUGCAUUCCCCGUCCCGUAACUUCUGAGAUGUUCAGGUAACCAGACACGUCGACACCCCAUGCAGAACCAGAUGUGCGGGGUGGGACCACCGCAGACAGACGGACUCUCACUGUACUGUGACUGGCACACUUCAAUGACUCGCAUCUGGGGGGAAAUCACCUGGGCAGGGACGGUGGAGAAGAAAAGGGGUGUGACGGGCGAGGGCGUGUUGGAUCAGCGAGAACAAAAGCACCAGUAAAACUCGUGACACAAAUUGUGGCCUCUUGCUUUUCACUUCGGCACGAGGCUGAUGGGACCCUGGUUGGCCCCUUCCACUGUCCCAGUACCAGUCCGACCCCAAGGGCCAGGGAAAGGGCCUGGUCCCUGUCCCUAUAGGAGCCACGUCGACGGUCGGUAUUCAAGCAAAAUAUUUACUCGGUAAACAUCCUAUCAUCUGAGGCGUGGCAGGACAGCACGGGCUCUGAGACAUUUUGUUUUGCUCCGCGCAAGAGGCCCCAUGGAGGGACUGGAAGAGCCAAAAUCGGCCCUCAGGGGCCUGAACGAAAAGCUGAAGGGGUUUCUGGAGCACGUGAACCAGUUGGAAAAGACCAACUGCGAAUUGGAGGAGCAGAUCGGCGAGUGGGGAAUGAGGAACGUCGCUCCUCGACGGAACUGGAGCGACAAGGAGGCGCUGGCACAGGAACUUUGGGCUCAGGUUAGCAUGAUCCUAAUGGAAAAUGCAGAUGUUUUGCUCCAAUCUGAUGCAGUGAAACUCAAGGCCGCACAUUUAAAGACCAGGUGUGAAACUGAGGAGAAACUCCGUCUCCUAAAGGAGCAGGAGGUCUCGCGGCUGAAGAUGAAGAAGAAAGAGGUGGAGACGGCCAACACACUCCUGGAAAAGCAGCUUUAUGAAUCCCAAAAUGAGUUGCAACAAAUCAUAGAGGAACAUGAGAGAGAGCUGGAUCAGCACCAGCGGCGAGCAGUAGAGGAGUGUGAUAAAGUGCUAGCGCAGGUUGCUGCAGGAGAGGAUGGCAGAGGAAUGGAUCUCUGCCGGACUAGCACCCAGUGCGACCACUCCAGCCCAGCCCAGAGCAGCCCUGAUUCAGCCAUCCCACCAAAUCCAGGCCCAGGCUCCUGCCCCGCUUCACAGACAAGGCCCAGAAAGGAUGCAACCAGCCCUACGGCUGUGUUUCUGCCACAGGUGAGAGCAGGUGACGAGGUCCUGAAGAAGGCACGAGCCGAGCUCACUGAGGCCCGAAAGCGAUGGCACCGUCUACAGGUCGAGAUUGAAUCGCUAAAUGCCUUGGAGAGGAGUCUCAAAAGCUCCCUACACCACACUCAGCUCCAGUACUCCGUGCAACUCAAGGAUCUGUCCCGGUCUGUAAGGAGUCUGGAGUCUGAGCUGGAAACAGUGCGGGAUGGUCUGGAAGUCCAGAGACAGAACCACAGCCAGCUCCUCAACACCAAGAUGAGGCUGGAGAGAGAGAUCGCGACCUAUAGGAAACUCCUAGAACACGAGGAGGGCAGGUUUCUGACCUCAGAUGUUCAGUCUCUAAAGCUGAAGCCGUGGAAAGGGUCAAUUUCUUCUCUUGAGCAGAACGGUCUACCCAACGGAUGUGAAGAGGAUAUUACUGAGCCGUUCUUCACUGAGAGAACACCAAUAAGAAGCCCAGCCCUUCAACGACAGCAGAGUCUUGUCACCCUGACAGAACCAGUCAGAAAUAAAGACGGGGAGAUCUGCACUGUGAAGACUCAGGAGAUUCUGGAAGGAAAUGUAGUGAGGGAGAGUGCAGAGGGUCACGGAAAUGUGGAGACAGAGAAGAUUGACAAGGUCAUCAGGCAGUGGGAAGGCUCAUUCUUUAAAGGAAAUCCCAAGCUGAGGAAGAAGUCUGUGUCUCUGCGUUUCGACCUUCACAUGGCUGUUGCGGACGAGGGCUGCAGCCAAAUAAAACAGGACAGUCUCCCUAACGUGGAGGUCCGUCUGGUCAUGAGACGGUCUCGCAGCAUACCCACCUUUGCGCAGUGAUGUCAAUGC